GGUUUCCAUGGUUUCAGAAAACAAUAUGGCCGCUCCCAGUUGGGACGUGAGUCUCUGGAUUAGGCAGGCAGCGGCAGUUAAUGGUUCCUACAGUGGCGAGAGAGAAAGCGCUUGAAGGGUCGUGAGGCUGUGGCUGGACGCGGCACCGCUGGACGUCCAGCCCUUGAGGACGCCAAUGGAGAGCAGCGUGGAUGAGGAGGCGCUGCACCAGCUGUACCUGUGGGUAGACAACAUCCCUUUGUCCCGGCCCAAGCGAAACCUCUCCAGGGACUUUAGUGAUGGAGUCCUAGUUGCAGAGGUCAUCAAGUUUUACUUCCCCAAGAUGGUGGAGAUGCACAAUUAUGUCCCCGCCAACUCUAUCCAGCAGAAGCUCAGCAACUGGGGUCAUCUGAACAGGAAGGUACUGAACAAACUGAACUUUUCAGUACCAGAUGACGUGAUGCGCAAGAUUGCUCAGUGUGUCCCUGGAGUGGUGGAGCUGGUGCUCAUCCCGCUUAGGCAGCGCUUGGAGGAGCGGCAGAGGCACAGGAAGCAGGGCGUGGGCUCCUUACAGGAGCUGGCUCCCCAGGAUGGCAGUGGCUACAUGGAUGUGGGUUUAUCAGAGAAAGCCCGAGGUGAAGGUGCCCCGGACCUCCAGGGAGGGGGUCAGCUCAGAGGGGACCCUCCGCCCGCGGGUCGGCCUCCAGCGUAUAACCAGGCAUUGCAGGGCGACCCAAGGUUCGUCCUCCAGAUCGCUGAAAAGGAGCAGGAGCUAUUGGCCUCGCAGGAGACGGUGCAGGUCCUGCAGAUGAAGGUGAGGCGCCUGGAGCAGCUGCUUCAGCUGAAGAACGUGCGCAUCGCAGACCUCUCCCGGCGGCUCCAGCAGGCGGAGCGUAAGCAGCGAUGAACUGUGGCCCGGGCCGCGCUGGGACGCCCCGGCACCCUCCAGAGCCCCGAUGCCGAGCCCGACCCACCCACCAACGGAGGGACGUUUGGGAGGGUGGAGCCCGCUGCUCACACGAGCCUCUUGGGGCCCGAGUGCCCUCCUUCCUUGGGAUGGGUGAGCGUGGGAGAAUGUGGAACAGGGAGCCGUACAAGCCGAGGCCCGGGACAGCCGCCUCCUCCCACUCCAUCCGGGUCAGGAAAAUGGACUGCUUUCCAGAGCCCAAAAGCCACGUGCAGAGACCUGGCCUGCCCCCCAAAGCAGUGUCCAACACCUCGGGCCGGCCUUGCAGCUCCUGGCGCUGGGCCUUAGGGGGCAGUCCCUGGCUCCGUCCACACUCCCAGAAUCAGGUCCCUGCCCAGCUCCAAGGAUUGCGGUGUCUCCAUCCAGGAUAGUUCCCCUCAGCCGAGGGGGAAUCUGCCGCGGGCCGCUGAGGGGCUCCCCUGCUCUUCCUGGGAGCUUACCUGGACCCUGCUCGGCGACGGAGACCUCAGCAGCUGGAGAGGAAGGGGUGAGAAGUGGGAUCUCCAGGAAUAGGGAGGACAUCGACUUGCCUGUAGCAUUCACCCCACCCUCCUCGGGCACAGGCUACUGAAGGGAAGGUUUGAAGGAUAUACGGCUCAGGGCUGCCCCAUUAAAGUUACUGUUUUGUUCUA